AUGCCUACGGACUCUGAAUGCGAGUGUGACUUAGUGUCUAAGGAGUGGCUAUUAGCAAAGUUAAGAUCGGAUGAAAGGGACACAGUCUUGAUUGAUUGUCGAGGGUCCAACGAGUAUGCAGCAUCACAUAUACGUUCUGCUGUGAACUUUUCCAUCCCUAGUAUAAUGCUGCGAAGAUUAGCAGCUGGAAAGAUUGAGCUAGCAUCGACAGUUCAAUGUAAGGAGUUAAAAGCUCGAAUAACACAUUGCUGUUCGCGAGGGACUUUCGUUCUGUACAGUGAUGGGGCAACGAGGGACCCUGACUCUGUGCAUGGUAUACUUCUGAAGCGGCUAAAGCAAGAUGGCGUUCAGGUUGUCUGCCUUGAAGGUGACUUCGCAGAAUUUCGUCGUGCUUAUCCCGAGUGGUGCAGUGAAGCUGGUGCUCAACAUUUGCCACAUCUGCCCCUGAUGGGCCUACGAUCACUGCGCAUUUCCGGUUCUGGCUGUGACGACGCCCUCUCGUCCGGCUCGUCAUCCGAAUGCGAAGAUACACACACGCACACCCAGCAGGACUUUCCAAUCGAGAUCCUGCCCAAUCUAUUCCUCGGAAAUUCUACAAACAGCGAGGAUUGCGAUGCACUUGCCAGGCAUAAUAUCAAGUACGUGUUGAAUGUGACGCCCGAUCUCCCGAACACCUUCGAGGCAGAAGGCUGCGGUAUUAACUACCUCAAGAUACCGAUCGCCGACCACUGGAGUCAGAACCUCGCGAUACACUUCCCUCAGGCCAUACGAUUUAUUGAGGAAGCCAUGACCGCGGGCUGCGGAGUCCUGGUGCACUGCGUGGCUGGCGUUUCGCGGUCCGUGACCGUGACGCUGGCGUACCUGAUGCAGCGGCACCGGCUGUGCCUCCGCGACGCCUUCGAGCUGGUCCGCUCGCGCAAGACGGACAUCGCACCCAAUUUCCAUUUCAUGCGACAGCUGCACUCGUUCGAGCAGGACCUCGGCCUCCACGAGCGCAGCGCCCCACUGAGUAAGGUGCUGGAGGAAAUGGGCGUUCGUGAGCCGGCGGGCGAGCCUUGCGGGUGCGCGGUUCCUGGUGGCGUUUCGCCCGAUUCCGGGAUAGAGUUCGACCGCUGGAGCGCCGCGAGGGACACGCCGCAAUGA